AUGUGGGGCUCCUUCUUUUUGUCUCAAAUAUUAUGCGGCCUGACGUACAGACAGCGCGUGCCCUACGGAGUGAAGCAGACGGAGAUGUACAUAAAGGCUAAAAGACAGGCGCGAGCGGCAGCUCGGAAUGCGCGAAAAAUGAAAGAGUCGAAGGGGGUGCUAAUGGAGGGCCGCAAGUGUCUGUUGAUGUCGCUGCAGCAGAACAGCGGGAUAUCAUGGUGGGCUCUGUAA